AUGGAAUUUCUAAAAAGCACACAAAUAAUUACAAAUACUCUUACACCUAUCAGAGUUCCAGUUAAACACAUCGGUAUAAAAGAAGCCGUUAAAUCAAGUUAUGAUCAGCAAAAGAAAAUCCACGCUUUCUCUAUUGAUUUUUUCAAAGAUGAAACUUCACCAGCAAGCACAGUCUUUGCUAAGCCUGUGACUAAUCAUGGCCUCGCAUCAGCAAUAAUCCAAGCUUACACAAACCAUCAACAUCUUCGUCUUACUCCGGAUGAUAUCUGGCUGACGAUUGCUCAGGGCUUGAGUCGUCAUAUUCAUUAUAAUGCGCAACGCCUCCGUCAUAUUUUUGUAAAACAUAAGGGAAAAGAAGACAUCGUGAUGGACGCUCGUGAAAUACUUUUUACCAAUAAUCUCGAUUCUCCAAUUGUUGGUGAUUGGCCAAAAGCCAUUACCCUUCUUUCAGAUGAAACGGAUAAAAAAGUUGAAAAAGUUGACUUGAAAAAGACUAUUGAAUGUGAUUUUACAACUUCUAAUUUCACAUCCAUCGUAGCUAGCCGUAUCAUCUUACUAGAUACUAUGAAAGAAUAUUUCACCUAUCAAGCGUUGAUAAGUGGCUGUGGAAUUCCAAAAGUUACUCUUGAUGGCACGCUUGGUGAUUGGUUGAAUCUUCAGCAAAAAGUUGCAAAUUUGCGCAGCUUGGGAUUAGAUUUAGAUUUCUGGUUGGAUCACUUGGAACCGGUUAUUGCUAAAUUUGUAGCCACAUAUAAAGGUGAUGUCGACGAGGCAUUUUGGAGCGUUAUUACUUCUCAAGUUCCGUAUCUUAGUAACUCAUUGACGACUGGUUGGGAUGGCUGGAUCACUGCAUUUUUUCCGUAUAAUCGACAUGGAUGGAAAAUCAGCAAAUCUUUAGUUCCUGCAACUUUGCCUGAUGGAAUGGUAAAUGUUCCCUUUACAGCGAAGACUCUUUUCGGCGAUAAAAAAUUGGAAAUUUCAGCAGGCUUCUAUGGAGCUAGACAAGAUAUAAUCGAGAAUGAAAUCGUGGUCUCACCAGUAAUUGGAUGGUAUGUGCAUGAUCCCUAA